UCGCCGGUCACUCGACGCGGAAAGUUCCACGGAAAAGCACUGAGAAAAUGGCAGAGGCAGCUACUCCGGGACAUCAAGCGGGUUCUAUCCAUCCAGAGCCAUGUGGUCCACGGCUAUGUGGGCAACAAAGUGGCCACCUAUCCGCUGCAGUUGCUGGGCUUCGAUGUGGACCCGCUGAACUCGGUGCAGUUUUCCAAUCAUACCGGCUAUAAGACCUUCAAGGGUCCCGUCUCCAACGAGAAAGAAUUGGCUACCAUUUUCGAGGGUCUGGAGGAGAACGAGCUGCUGCCGUUGUACUCGCACCUGUUGACCGGUUAUAUCGGAAAUCCCCUGUUCCUGCGACAGGUGGGCCACAUUGUUAAGAGGCUGCGACAGGCGAAUCCCAAUCUGGUGUACGUCUGUGAUCCUGUGAUGGGUGACAACGGGGAGCUGUAUGUGCCCAAGGAGCUGCUUCCCGUGUAUCGGGACGAGAUCAUUCCCCUGGCGGACAUCCUCACCCCCAACCAGUACGAGGUGGAGCUGCUCACGGAGAAGGAGGUUCGCAGCGAGGCGGCCGUUUGGGAGGCCAUGGAUUGGUUCCACAAGCGCGGCAUCAAGACGGUGGUCAUCUCCAGCAGUGACCUGGGCCAGCCAGGCGUUCUGCGGGCCUUCCUUAGCCAGCUGAAUGGACCCCGCCUGGCCAUCGAUAUACCGAAGCAGGGCGGCAAGGAUCUGGUCUUCACCGGCACUGGGGAUCUCUUCGCCUCGCUUUUUCUGGCCCACAGCCAUGUCAGCAAGGACGUGGCCAGUGUCUUCGAGAAAACCAUCGCCAGUCUGCAGGCGGUGAUCAAGCGCACGGUGGCCGCCCUGCCAAAUGGAGGAAACGGUCCCGUGAAGGCUGCCGAGCGGGAACUGAAGUUGGUGCAGUCCAAAGUGGAGAUCGAAAAGCCUCAGGUGCUGCUGAAGGCGCAGCGACUAAACUAAACCUGGAGGGAAGCCAAUCAGAUCAACGAUUACCUUAAAUAUAUGUGCUCAUUGUACUUGUUCACGGACAAUAACCUUUUGAUACCUUAAGAUCGGCAUUUGUAUGCAUUGUUAUAACGAUAUAUUAUCAUCUUAAACCGGGAGAGUGACAAGUUAAGUACCAUAAACAAUUGAUAAACAGUUGAGAACAAAUAUAUGCCUAUUGUGCUCAUGAUGCGGACAAGCUUUGAUACCUUAAGUUAAACAUUUAUAUGCAUUAUUAUAACUAUCUAUUAACUAUACAAAUAUAUAUGUGUGUGACCAUUGUAAAACUAAAA